AUGGAGUCACACCACAGAAACUCAUCAACUGGACUGCCACCACCACCAACCUUCGCACGGGGCGUGGGUCAUUCAGGCAGCAUUCGUGGCUGUACAAAACGCCGUCAUCAUCAUUUUUCUGAUAAAAACGUUGUGGAUCUUCGUCGCCUGAAUAUUGACAACUCCAACCAUACUACUGCCACUAAUAACAAUAAUAACAAUGGUAAUUGUUAUAAUGGUAAUGAUAGCAGCAAUAAUAACAACAAUAAUAAUAAUAAUAACAGCAGUACCAACAGCAGCAGUAGCCGAGGUAGUGGACAUCGUUUGAUGCACAGCUCCUCCUCAAACGGGAAGCACCGAAAACAACAGCAGAGUCCUCAGUCUAGGUUAUCACUCAUUUCACCUUGUCGUGGUCAUGGUCCACUUCACUGUUCCACGUCUGGGGGUUAUGAGCCACCAACAAAGAUACUUGAUUUCCUUUAUCUAGGUGGUGUUCGUGAUGCCACUAAUGCAGAGUUUCUGCGCCGUGAAGGCAUUACGACUAUUCUCAAUAUCUCACGUGAAGAAUAUUGGUCUGUAGACAGAAGUAUUGUAGUGUAUCCUUUUGCGGUAGAUGAUACGACGGAUGCCAACAUUCAGCAGUUCUUCCGUCCUACCUUUACCUUGCUGGAAGCUGCACGCCGCGCAUACUAUGAAAGUAAACUACGCCAUACUACUACUACUACUACUACUGAUACUGCUACUAAUGCUAAUACGACUGGAACUAGUACGACUUCUCCGCCUGGUGCUAGUCCCACUCGUAGUUCUACACAUGCUCCGCGUGUGCUGGUGCACUGCCAGCGUGGUCGCAGUCGUUCAGCCACCAUCGUGCUUGCGUACCUCAUCCGCCGCAAUGGCUGGACGGUCGCGGAGGCGCUGCGGUAUGUCAGUCGCCGUCGUCCACGCGUGGAGCCGAAUUUAGGCUUUAUUGAUGCGUUACUGGCGUGGCAGGAGUCGAUGGACACGGCGGCGCGUACACGUCGUUGUGGUUCGUUGUGUCUUGCGGUGCGUAAUCUCGCCGGUGAUACCCCCACGUCUGUUGUGCACAAAUUCUUUGAGGACUACGUUGGGUGUGUGCGGGAGGUGAUGAUGCACAUUCGCCCACCCUCGCAUGCUGAGAAGCCCCACAGUGAGGAAGAAGAACAGGAAGAGGAAGAAGAAGAGGAAAUGGUGGAUAUUCACAAUGCAGACACUCCAACACUUGUACCCCAACCACCACCACCACCACCGCCAACAACAACAACAACAACAGCAACACUACUCUCAACAGCAACAACAACUACUACAACUACUACUAUAAGUAUGAAUGGUGCUAGUGAUCUUAAACCAAUGACGGCCACCAGCAGCAGAAGUAAUAGUAGUAAAGGUGAUGGAGAUAAUACAUUAUGUCUGGUCUUCUUUGCCGCCGCGGAGAGUGUGAGGAUGGCGAAGAAGUUAUAUGUGGAGAGACCAGAACUAUUUGAGGCUCUCGGUGUAGUGGCUGGAAAGAAACUAAGACUUACUAUUCCCACUAAACUAUUGCGGUUUCCAAAGGAAAGUUCAUCAUCCAAUACUGCUCAAACAAGUGAUACGGAAGCAGCCACAGUAUCUGAUACACCAGAGGAGGCAGAGGCGGCGGUAACAACAACAACAACAACAGGAGUCUCUCGUAAACUUGAUAUGAAAGAGAGUUUAUUUAAUGAUGCUGUAGAAGAGGAAGAGGAAGAAGCGGGGUGA